UGAUCAAGUGUGGAAUUAUAUUUCUAAAAAAUGCCAAAAUAAUUUGCAUGUGGUUAUAUGUAUGUCACCUGUGGGAGAUGAUUUCCGCAAUUGCUGUCGAAGCUAUCCUAGUCUGCUGAACAACACUACUGUUGACUGGAUUGUUACGUGGCCUGAUCGGGCUCUGACAGCAGUUGCUACUUUCUACCUGACUGAGGAUGCAAAAAUACCAGCACUUUAUCAACCCAACAUUGUUAAACAUAUGGUGCAUGUUCAUUCUUCUGUUAAUAAAUAUACUGAAGAAUUCUUCCAAGUCCAUCAUCAAAAAAAUUAUGUUACUCCAAAACACUUUCAUGAUUACAUUCACACUUAUUUGCUCCUUCUUGAAGAAAAAAGUGCAUCUAUAAGUGAAAAAUGCCAACUAUUGGCAACUACAAUAGAACAAGUUGCAGAGGCUCAAACUCAAAUGAAUGAUCUUCAGUCUAAAAUUAUUACACAGAAGGAGGCCAUUGAGCAGAAGACAAAAUCAUGUGAGAAAAUGUUGAUGAAAAUUAAAAUAGCUACUGAGAAAAUAACAAAACUAAAUGAACGGGCUCAGAGAAAGAAUGCUGAGAUAGAAGAAAAAAGUCGUUUGAUUAACGCUGAGAAAGAAGAUGUUGAGAGCAUUUUAUCAGAAGCUUUACCUGCUUUUGAGUUUGCAUGCCUUGGAAUAGCCGAACUUGAUAGAGGUGACAUAACUGAAAUCAGGUCUCUUGCAACGCCACCAGAACCUUUGCUUAUCGUUUGUGAAUGUGUUGCUAUUCUUCGAGGUAUUAAAGAUGUUAGUUGGAAAGCUGCCAAAGGAAUGAUGGCAGAUUCCAACUUUCUCAAAUCUCUGCAGGAGACAAAUUGUGAACUCAUCACUAUGCACCAAAUUCGUGCUGUUAAAGCGCACAUGAAGAAAACACAAAAAUUGGACCAAAUGAAGCUGAUAAGUAAAGCAGGAUUUUGUAUGCUGAAGUUUAUUGAAUCCGUACUUGCCUAUUGCCAGGUCUAUAGAGAAGCAAAGCCGAAAAAGGAUCAUGUGCAGUCUAUGGAGAAAGAAAGAGAUCGGAUGGAAACAGACCUUAAGGAACUGACACAAGAAAUUGAAAUGGCUAAAAUUGAACUUAAAAAGUUUGCUAAUAAAUAUGAUGGAACUGUGAAAGAUAGAAAGAAACUGCAGCAAGAAAUGGAUCUUAUGUUGCAUUGUCUUAGUAUUGCAGAGAAACUCGUUGCUGGACUUGAGACGGAAAAGAGGAUGUGGUCAAGUGAUCUACAAAGUCUGAGAGAGAAGAAAAAAUGUUUGAUAGGUGAUUGUUUGUUGACUGCUGCAUUCCUCAGUUAUGUAGGUCCCUUUACAAAAGAAUAUCGUAAUCGAAUGCUCAUCGAAGAUUGGGUUCACGAUUUGAUGCAGUACUCUAUACCUCUGACUAAUCCUUAUUCAUUAGAGGGACUUUUAUUGGAUAAUGCACAAAUUGUCAGGUGGAGUUCUGAAGGUUUGCCCCAAGAUGAAAUAUCCGUACAAAAUGGCAUUUUGACUGUUUAUUCCCGACGAUUUCCAUUAUGUCUUGAUCCGCAAGAACAGGCAAUUUAUUGGAUCAAGAGAAAGGAAGAGGAAAAUAAUCUGAAAAUACUGACGUUCAGUGACUGUGACUUUUUGAAGAAACUCGAACUUGCAGUAACUAUUGGUUCCCCAGUUAUGUUUGAGGACAUUGAAGAAUAUGUUGACCCAUUAAUAUACAGUUUGCUGGAAAGAUCUACUAGAGUGACUAAUGGACAAACAGUAAUUAAACUGGGGGACAAAGAAGUGGAGUACAAUUCCAACUUUCAGUUAUAUUUAGUCACAAAACUGACAAAUCCUAACUUUGAGCCUGCUGUUUAUAGUAAAGCCAAUAUUAUUAACUUUACUAUUACAAAUUUGGGUUUGGAGGAGCAGCUUCUUACAAUUGUGGUGCAACAUGAACAUCCAGAUGUGGAAAUUAAGAGGAACGCUCUGAUUAAAGACAUUAAUUCUAAUAAAUCGUUGUUGAAAUAUUUAAAAGCUAACUUAUUAGAUAAAGUUGCAAAUGCCCCAAGCUAUAUUUUGGACAAUGUUGAUCUUUUGGAUACUCUUGAGCAAACCAAACUUCAGGUUGAAGAUAUAUCUGACAAAAUACUGCAAGCAAACCAAGCUGCUAAAGAUAUUGAUUGUUUUCGAAAUGACUAUCUCAUUCUGGCUGAACAUGGUUCAAUUCUGUUUUCUGUUGUAUCAAAUAUGGCAACUGUGGACACUAUGUAUAAAUAUUCUUUGACAUCAUUUAAGAACCUGUUUCAUUUAUCUUUACAAAAAGCGGUUCAAGACAAUCAGAUUGAAGUGAGACUUAAAAAUGUAAUAAAUACUUUAACAAAAUUUGUUUAUGAUUAUGUUUGCAUAGGUGUUUAUCAGAGGCAUAAAAUAUUGUUUUCUUUCCAACUGACUUUAACAUUAGAAAUGAAUAAAAAACAAGUUUCUAAGGAACAAAUAAAAUUCUUUGUUUGGGGAAAUCGGAGUAUGGCUGAAAGCAUUGAAAGUCCUGCAGAAUGGAUUACCUCUCAGAUCUGGAAAGAUAUUUUAUUCCUGACGUCCUGCUUUCCAUCUUUUUCAAAUUUGUCUGAUGAUAUCAGGAAAAAUUUACUGACGUGGAAAAAGUGGUUUGAUCACAACACACCAGAAUCGGUGCAAUAUCCCAUGAACUACAGAAAAAAAUUAACGCCAUUUGAAUGCCUUAUGUUACUACGCUGCUUCAGAUAUGAUCGAGUUUAUCCAGCCCUUUUGAUAUACAUAUCAAGAGUAAUGGGUAAACACCACAGUGAAAUAAGAAGUUAUGCUUCAUCAAGGAUUCCGGUGCUAUUUAUUCUGAGUCCUGGUUCAGAUCCUAUUGAUGAGCUCAUGAAACAAGCCCGCUUAUGUGGUUUUGGAAGUCGAUUCCGUUAUUUAUCAUUGGGUUGUGGACAAGAAAAUCAUGCUUUAUUCAUGAUAAAGAUUGCUAUGCAAAGAGGUCAGUGGCUUCUCUUGCAGAACUGUCAUCUACUUAUCAAUUUUGUAAGGGACCUCAUUAAGGAAAUAGAAAAAAUAGGAACUCCCCAUUCUGAUUUUCGGCUCUGGAUGACAACCAAAUCAAAAUCAAAUUUUCCAACAUCUUUGUUGCAGAGCUCUUUUAAAGUUGUUUUUGAAUCUCCUAAUAGUGUGAAGAAAAAUAUACAAAAGACAUUUGUUAAUUUGCCAGCUGAUGCACUUGAUAGUUGUGAACAUCCAGCAUUUAAACGUCUGUUUUAUGGGAUAUCAUUUUUCCAUGCGGUUUUGCAGGAGCGCAGUAAAUACGGAAAAUUUGGCUGGAAUCUAUGUUAUGACUUCAAUGAAUAUGACUUUGGUGUUUGUACCCAACUAUUGAUAAAGUACUUAAAAAGCAGUCUGGAAGAAAAUAAUGCGAAAAUAAUGUGGGAAGGUUUAAAAUAUCUUAUUGGAAAGGUGAUAUAUGGUGGAAAAGUAAAUGAUAUCUAUGAUCAGAGCAUUAUACAAAUGUAUUUAGAUCAAUAUAUAGGAGACUUUUUAUUUGAGUCAGCUGAUACGUUCUAUUUUUACAAAGAUCAAAAUGUUGAAUUUGACUUACCAUCAGUAAAUUCAUAUGAAGACUAUAUUGCUUCAAUUGAUAAACUUCCUUUCACAACCAAUCCUAAAAUAUUAGGCCUAAAUUCUAAUUCUGAAAUUAUUUACAAUAAAAAACUCUUAAAAGAAUUCGAACAUCAUCUCCAAAAGUUACAACCCCAAGAACACGCAGAUGGAUGUAUUGAAAUACUCGAUGAGAAACUGACUGCCGAUAUUAUCACGAAUAUUAUGGAAAAAAUUCCAGAAAUAUAUGAUAUCAAAAAGAUAAAGGAAUCUCAGGCUAGUGGUUCUGAGCAAACAGCAAUGUUUGUUGUGUUGUUACAAGAGUUGGAAAGAUUCAAUGCACUCAUCACCUGCAUGCACAAAACACUCCAGGCAUUGCAGCAAGCUUUAGUAGGUGAACUGAGAAUGGAUGAAGUACUGGAGGAAAUGUCUUGGAGUAUGGUUCAAGGCCAUUUACCCACUGCAUGGCAAAAAUUAACCCCUCCAACUUGCAAACUUCUUGGGAGCUGGCUCGAACACUUUGAAAAACGUGUGACUCAGUAUACAAAUUGGGUUGAUUCUGGUGAGCCCUAUGUUAUGUGGAUCUCUGGUCUUCAUGUGCCUAAGUCUUAUCUAGCUGCAGUGAUGCAAAUCGCUUGUCAUAAAAAUCGUUGGCCUCUUGAUGAUACGACGUUAUUGAUAUCUUGCACAUCAUGGAAGAAACGAGAAGAAAUAAUACCAGAUGAUGAUAGUUCUACACGACACUUGCAAGGUCUGUAUCUUAAUGGUGCACGCUGGAGCACAUCCAAAAAUUGUUUAAUAGAAUCUAAGACCCGUAUUCUCAUUGAAGAACUUCCAUUUCUCAAAGUUAAGGCAAUAAAACACCAGAGCUUGAAAUUAGUUAACACUAUCAGAAUUCCUGUAUAUGCUACAUCAAGAAGAAGAAUAAACCACAUUGAUGAAUCUUCUGAAUUUGAAGUCGUCCUCGGUAUUGAAGAACACAAGAGUCACUGGAUUUUACAAAAUGUUUGCAUUUUGCUCAAUGAAGAUUAAUUUUAUUGUUCUGGACUUGUGAAAUUAGUUCAUAAUUAUAAAACCGGUUUUCUCCUUUGUAACUUUAUUAAAUUUUUGUGCUAAUUUAUAAGGAUUCUCAUAUUUCCAUGGGGUUUGUGAUUUUUAUACAAAACUAUUUCUAUAAUAACUUAAUACUCUGGCCAACAGUUUUCUUAAAAAACUUUUGCUAAAUCUCCUUUUCUACUAGAGUUCAACAUUUUGUAACAUGUAUUGUAUUGUGUUCUA